GGAACAAGAUCGAGGAAAGAAUCCCUCAUGCCACCGAUUCCAUCAGCAAGAAAUUCACCUUCCUUCAGAAAAACGUCAAGUUCGCGGGGUAUUGAUGGAUUACCAUUAUUUUCGGGGAGAGAUCUGGACCAGAAGAACAAUGACAUGAAUGGACUCAAAGUUUAUGGUGAAACUGGCAACCUGGCAAUCAAUUCUGGGAAGAAAAGCACGGCUGAGAAACUCAGUGACACUGGAUUUCAGCUUUAUACUUCCAAAGACUCGAGUAAACUUCCAAAAAUAUUAAAACCUAAGAAAAAAGUCAGCAAGGGGUCGAAGCGGAAAAAGACAAAUGCUAUAAAUGAUGAAAGUCAAGAAAGUGAUGUUAAUGCUCGGUUGGGAGCCAUACAGGAUAAUAAAGGCACCUCAGGUGAAUUAUCUACGGGGCAAGAUGGUGGAGAACUUUAUAAUAAAUAUGGACUGGACCUUAAAAGAGAUUUCAAUAUGGAAGUGACCAGGCCAUUCACUUUCUCGUAUUUUCCCGACAUUCAUAUCAAGAAAAAGAAGAAAGAGAGUGACAAAGAGACCGAGGGUAAAAAACAGCGAAAAAUAUCCAAGGUUAAAACGCCUUCGAACCUGCCGUGAGCUAGUGCAAAGCACCAGAAAAGCUACUUUUGAGCUUUGUCAAGUCAUUUAUAAUUUUAAACAAUUCUGACUGUAAGAGAAGCUCGGUGAUGACCAUGCGAAACUUCAACAGAAGCGAGAAAAGCUCAGCACCGAAAGCACCACUGCGUUCAAAACUCGACAAAAUAUCCAAGAACAUCGACUCUUCAGAGACUGGUCAUUUUCUAUCUGGAGGGGUGGGGGCGUUGGGAGGAUUUUCCUUGUGUCACGAUAAUAAGGCUCUGUAAUCAUAUCCUUAUGAUGUCACCCCCCACCCCACCCCCUCAUUGGCACUUAGUUGGAAGUCAAUUUCCCCACGUCUUUCCUUAAUGUACUCUUUAGCGACGACUGAUACCCCUUCCGUUCCCCCCUGAAAACCCCCAAUACUCCUCCACACUCCCCUCCCCAGAGGAUAAUCAGUGACUCAGUCCCUAAGGUGGAUAUGAAUUAUGAAUUUGUUUCCAGGCGAUUCAAGAAACUGCCGUCCUUAAUUUAUGUCGCCUCUAACAAUAAUACAUAGUCUUGUGUUCUUUAACAAAAGAGGAACUCAUGGGAUGGACGAUUAGAAGAAUUGACUGAGUUAAUAAUUUUUGGGUACACUCGGAUUUCUAAAGAGGGUCUUGAGAAGUUCUUAUACAAAUGGUCUUUGGCCCAGCGUAUUUCAUAAAUACUUCACAACUGAUGAAUUGUCCAAGAAGGAUAAAUGAGUUUUUCCAAUACUGUAAGAAAUAUACUAAAUUUAUUCUACUA